AUGCCGUCACUUCUUCAGGGCGGCUAUCAGAAGGUGGAAUGCAAGACCAUUGACGGCAUCACCAUCAGGGGAUGGUUCUACGCAGUGGAGGGGCCAUCGCCAGCCAUUAUUAUGACCCACGGUUUCAACUGCGUCAAAGAAAUGCUCAUACCCGAGGUCGCGGAAAAGUUCCAGUCCUUGGGUUACAACGCUCUCAUAUACGAUCCCCGGAGCAUCGGAGACAGCGACGGGUCUCCGAGGAACCAAAUCGACCCCCACCAGCAGGCAGAGGACCUCUCAGACAUCCUCACCUACGUCAGCACACUCCCAACCGUCGACGCAACCCGCCUCGCCCUCUGGGGCAUGUCCUUCGGCGCCACCGUAAGCGCGACCGCCGCCGCCGCCGACCGCCGCAUCAAAGCCGUGGUGAUGGUGUGCCCCAUCUUCAGCUUCUACCAGGAGGACAGGCGGGAGCGGGCCCUGGCCCAGCUGAUCCGCGACCGGCAGUCGCAGCUGCGCGGCAACGAGCCCUUCACGCUGCCGCCCUUCAACAGCCGCGGCGAGAACCCCAUCGGCAUGGCCGGGUCGGGGGGACCGGGCGGGCUGGAGGCGUUCGACUUUAUGACUGCGGUUAUCGAGAGAGGCGCGCCGAACUUUAGGAAUAGGAUCACGUUGCAGACGUAUCGGAAGCUGGCGCUGUGGAGGCCGGCCGAGUUGCUGGACCUGGUUGGGUCGACGCCUGUGCUGAUGGUUGUUCCUGAGCUGGAUAAUAUGUCGCCUGCUGCUGAACAGAAGGAGGCGUUCGCAAGGUUGCCGGGUCCGAAGAGGCUGGUUGUUGUGGAGGGGAGGGGGCACCUCAACGUGCUGAGUGGGGACGGGUCUGCGGAGCUCUUGAGACUCCAGGUGGAGUUCAUCGGGGCAGCGUUGGAUGGGGGCCUUUACCACGUAGUAAUCCAAUUAAGAUCCAAACCAGGGCCAUGA